AUGUUUCGCAAGACUGAUUAUGAAAAGACGAAUGAUCAUGAGAUACCAAAUGAUAAUUUAAUAUCAGACGACAAUGAAUUAUUGAGAGGUGAAGAAAUAAAUUAUGGAAGUUCUUUCGAAGACAAAAUAUUAGAUGAAGAAGAAAUGCCUGUAGAUUAUAGUAACAAAGUGUCAAGUGAAGAGGAGUCAGAUUUUUUUGAUGAUAAAAUAUUGGACGAUAAAGAAAUGCUGGUAGAUUAUAACAGCGAAAUGUCAAAUGAUGAAUCUGUUUUAUUUGAUAAGGAUAUAUUAGACAAUGAUGAAAUGCUGGCAGAUUAUAAUAAUGAAGUGCUAAAAGAAUCUGAUAAA